GGCGGGGCUGAAGUUGCCUGCAGGGACCGCCCAGCUGGUGCGUGUCUGCGUGUUCUCCUGCAGAGUUCUGUAGCUAAAAUUUAAUUUCAGAUCUGGACAAUUAGAUAGGAGAAAAAAAUGAAGAGGGGAACAGAUGACAGAGAGGGAGAGAGAAAGAGUUACACUUGAAGACCUGCUUUACCUCUUCUGAAACUUUCCCCCUGCAGGUGGUGAGGGGGUCCUCAAACCCAGAUCCUUGUGUGUCAAGGUAAGGUGUUAUGGACCAGGUGGAAAGGCCACAAUGCUGGGUGACAAUCAGGAACCACAACAUUACUAUGUUGGCGUGGAUGUCGGGACAGGCAGUGUCCGUGCAGCUCUGGUGGACCAGGGAGGUGUCCUUUUGGCUUUUGCAGACCAACCCAUUAAGAGGUGGGAACCGCAGUUCAACCACCAUGAGCAGUCCUCCGAGGACAUCUGGGCUGCCUGCUGUGUGGUCACCAAGAAAGUUGUUCAAGGGAUCGAUUCAAACCAAAUUCGAGGGAUUGGGUUUGAUGCCACGUGUUCUCUUGUUGUCUUGGAUAAGCAGUUUCAUCCUUUACCAGUUAACCAUGAAGGAGAUUCUCAUCGAAACAUUAUUAUGUGGCUGGACCAUCGAGCAGUCAGUCAGGUGCAAAGGAUCAAUGAAACCAAACACAAAGUCCUGCAGUAUGUUGGAGGGGUGAUGUCUGUAGAGAUGCAGGCCCCGAAGCUUCUGUGGUUGAAAGAGAAAUUGAGAGAGACUUGCUGGAAUAAGGCGGGACAUUUCUUUGAUCUCCCAGACUUCUUAUCGUGGAAGGCGACAGGUGUCACAGCACGGUCUCUAUGCUCCUUGGUGUGCAAAUGGACCUACUCUGCAGAGGAUGGCUGGGAUGACAGUUUCUGGAAGAUGAUUGGUUUGGAAGACUUGGUUGCUGAUAACUACAGCAAAAUAGGAAACCAAGUGUUGCCUCCUGGAGCUUCUCUUGGAAAUGGACUCACACCAGAAGCCGCAAAAGACCUCGGCCUUCCUGCUGGAAUUGCAGUGGCAGCCUCACUUAUUGAUGCCCAUGCAGGAGGACUCGGAGUGAUUGGAGCAGAUGUGAGGGGGCACAGCCUUGCCUGUGAGGGACAGCCAGUGACGUCACGGCUGGCUGUCAUCUGUGGAACAUCUUCUUGUCACAUGGGGAUCAGCCAGGGUCCAAUUUUUGUACCAGGAGUCUGGGGCCCUUAUUUCUCAGCCAUGAUCCCUGGGUUCUGGCUAAAUGAAGGUGGUCAGAGUGUUACUGGAGGAUUGCUAGAUCACAUGGUGCAGGGCCACGCUGCCUUCCCUGAACUCCAAGCCAGAGCCACAGCCAGAUGCCAGAGUGUAUAUGCGUAUUUGAACAGUCACCUGGAUCUGAUUAAGAAAGCUCAGCCUGUGGGUUUCCUCACUGUUGAUUUACAUGUUUGGCCAGAUUUCCAUGGCAACCGGUCUCCCUUAGCAGACCUGACACUAAAGGGCAUGGUCACCGGAUUGAAACUGUCUCAGGACCUGGAUGAUCUUGCCAUUCUGUACCUGGCCACAGUUCAGGCCAUUGCUUUUGGAACCCGCCUCAUUGUGGAGGCCAUGGAGGCAGCAGGCCACUCUAUCAGCACGCUCUUCCUCUGUGGAGGCCUAAGCAAGAACCCCCUCUUUGUGCAAAUGCAUGCAGACAUUACAGGCAUGCCUGUGGUCCUGUCCCGGGAGGUGGAGUCUGUCCUUGUGGGUGCUGCUAUUCUGGGUGCCUGUGCCUCGGGGGAUUUCACAUCUGUACAGGAGGCAAUGGCAAGAAUGAGCAAAGUUGGGAAAGUUGUGUUUCCCAGACUUGAGGACAAAAGCUAUUAUGACAAAAAAUAUCAAGUGUUCCUGAAGCUAGUUGAACACCAGAAAGAGUAUGCAGCCAUCAUGAAAGGGGACUGAACAAGAAUCACAGAUGCAUAUGGUCCAGGAGGUGGCGUAGUUGGAUAAAGCACUGGACUCUCAAGCAUAAGGUCCUGAGUUCAAUCCCUGGCAUUACCUAUACCUGAGUGAUGUCUGGUUCUUUCUCUCUUUCAUGCUAUCUUUAUCAUGAAUAAAUAAAAUCUUAAAAAAAAAAAAAAAAGAAUCACAGGCGCUGGUGCCCAAAGCUUCUGAAACAUUGCACCGGUGACCUCUCAUUGCUUCUUAUAGUCAAGACCUUUUCAGUAUCCUGUGGCCAUUUCUGCAUUGUCUUUUAAUAAAGAACACAGAGAUAUGUGCAACCAGAGUUAGAGUCUUUUAAGUCAUUAUCUUUUAAUCUUCAUAUUAAUGAUAAAUAGAAUCAGGAAUCAUGUCUACGGCCACACCACCCUGAACACUCCUGAUCAAGUCUGAUCACAGAAGCUAAGCAGUAUGGGCCUGGUUAGUACUUGGAUGGGGAAAUCAGGAAUCAUCAAUGAAUGCAGGAAGGAACUUUGAUGAGGCACAGGAUGUGUUCCGUGUCUUAAAAUGCCCACUCCCAGAUUGUUUAUUAUUGAUAAGAGGAACAGGACGUUAACUGGAUAGGGAAGAAAAAGGACAAUGUCUUUAUUGGGUGGUGAAGAUCCACUUCAGAUUGGUAGAUGGAUAUGAUGUGAGUCCAGAUGUGACAACCUGAGAGGAACAUAGCAUCAUGCUGCCUGUGGGUGCGUAGCCUAAUUAUAAUAUUAAAGAAGCACUAGAUGAACCCCAAAUGAACAGCAUUUUAUUUUGUUAAUGCUCUAUAUUCUCCAAAAAUGUCUGCCAUGAAGACAAAUAAAGGCUUUAGACAGGUUGCAGAGAAAAAAAAUAAGCCAAGAAACAUGGUGUCUUAAAGCUUUUCGUGUAGGUGAGUAUAUUUUUUAGGCUAUCUAUGCAGGGAGAUGGGGGCACACCUGGUAGAGCAUACAUGUUACCAUGUACUAGGACCCCCGGUUCAAGGCCCUACUCUCCAGCUGAGGAGGGGAGGCUUCACAAUGGCGGAGCAAUACUGCAGGUGUGUCUGUGUGUGUGUGUGUGUGUGUGUGUGUCCGUCCAUCCGUCCGUCCUGCUUUCUCUAUCUCUCUGUCUCUCUUGCUUUCUCCCUUGUCAUCUCUCUCUGUCUUGCCCCCUAUCAAGAAGAAAAUUGAAAAGAAAAAAAUGGCUGCUGGACUAAGUCAUUAAGUGGAGUCUUUGUGAAGACUCCAAACACCAGCAAUAACCCUGGUGGUAAAACAAACAAAAACACUAUAUUUGCUUAAUUGGAAGCUGUAACAUGCAAACACACAUAUUUGCAAACACACACACACACAUCAUCAUCAUCUCAUUUUUGAGAGUAACUGCUAGUGUAAAUACUACAGCUGUUUUACAUGGGUUUGAGUAGAGAACCUGGAAACUAUAAAAGACACACAUAGAGGAAUACUUUGCUGAAACAUUUCAGGACCUCAACAUUAAAAAAAAUAACAAACUAGUAUAGUCCUUUGGAAUAUAACUAAAAUAGGCCUACUAUUUUAUCUAUUUACAAAACAGAGACCCCCCAAAUCUUUAUCUGCACUACUCCAGCCUUUAUGUUCAUGAUUAGUCAACAAUUUGUUUGGCUUUAUAUGUUAACUCUGUUCAGCCACCAAGUUCCAGUUGCUAGAUGCUACCAUAAUGUCAACCAGACUUCCCUGAGCAGAUGACCCCACCAAUGUGACCAGGAGCCCCACUUCCCCAGAGCCCCUCCCCACUAGGGAAAGAGAGAGACAGACUGGGAGUAUGGAUCAACCUGUCAACAUCCAUCUUCUGCAGGGAAGCAAUUACAGAAGCCAGACCUUCCACCUUCUGCAUCCCAUAAUGACCCUGGGUCCAUACUCCCAG